CUGUCAUCAUUACUUCACUGUCAAAGUUCGCGUUUUCUCGUUUCCUGCUUUCUUUCCCAACGUCAAGAUGGCUGAUCAGAACGAGCGUGCGUUCCAGAAGCAAAUCGGUGUUAACCUGAACCGUAAACAGGUUAACAAAAAGAAGGGUUUCCGUUUGCAUCGCAGCAUUGGUCUCGGAUUUAAAACUCCAAAAGAGGCUAUCGCUGGAACCUACAUUGACAAGAAAUGCCCCUUCACCGGUCACAUCUCGAUCCGCGGCCGUAUUCUAACCGGAGUGGUGCGCAAGAUGAAAAUGCAGCGAACGAUCGUGAUCCGGCGUGACUAUCUGCACUUUAUCCGGAAGUAUGAUCGGUUCGAGAAACGCCACCGAAAUCUUAGCGUGCAUCUGUCGCCGUGCUUUAGGGACGUUGAGGCCGGAGACAUUGUAACCGUUGGCGAGUGUAGGCCGUUGUCGAAGACCGUGCGCUUCAAUGUGCUAAAGGUGAGCAAACUGGCUGGUGCCAAGAAGAAGUUCAAUAAGUUCUAAAGGCUUAGAAUAAAAUGUGUAAAUGAGGUGAAAGGGGGAAACAAGUUUCCAUGGAAAAUACAUUAAAAUCUGGAAAGCGGUAAA